AUGGAGCUCAAAAAGCUAAGGACUGCAUUUGAGGACAGGAACCGAAAAUUAGAGGAAAGGAUUUCAAAGGUGGAAAAGAAAGUUGAGUCCGCGGACUUUUGCCUAGGUAUGGCGAAUAGUAAAGUGGUUGAGCUAGAGAAAACCAAUGUCAGACUGCAAGAGGAAGUAAUUUAUCUACAGUCACACUCCAUGCGGAACAAUCUAGUGUUUAGUGGUAUUGCGGAAAGUACAAACGAAGGGCAAGAAGACGCAGAAACCAAGGUGAGAGGCUUUAUCCAUGAAAAAAUGAGGAUCGCAAAGGACAUUGUCGACAAAAUAAGCUUUGAGAGAGUACACAGAAUGGGGCCUAAGCGUGAAGGUGAAAGUAGACCCAGGAGUAUUGUGGCAAAGUUUACUCUGUUUAAGGAGAGAGAGCUUGUACGACACCAGGGGAGCGAGCUCAAGGGUACCCAGUUCUACGUGAACGAGCAGUUCCCAAAGGAAGUGUCCGACAAACGUCGAAAGUUGGUUCCACGAAUGAAGGAAGCCCGCAGCCAAGGUAAAAAGGCAUGGAUUGCGUACGACACACUGUUUGUCGACGGGAAGCCAGUUCGGGACUAG